AUGCGGCUCAUCAACGUCAUCACUUCCAAGUUGGAAUGGAAAGAUGAUGCGACCGUCUCUCCAUAUGCCAUUUUGUCGCACACAUGGGGGGAUACGGAAGAUGAGAUAACGUAUCACGACAUUGAACCUUCUCUCCAUAAGACGGGAAAAGGCCGUGACAAGUUUGAAGGAUGUCGCGCGCAGGCCAUGAAAGACAUGCACAAAUAUGUCUGGAUCGACACAUGCUGCAUCGACAAAGACAGUAAAACGGAGCUAGAUGAAUCCAUCAACUCAAUGUUUGCCUGGUACGAGGAAGCUCAAGUCUGCUACGCAUAUCUCGACGACGUACCAAACAAAGACGAUGCGAAUUUUGAGGAAAGGUUCAGCAAAAGCAAAUGGUUCACGCGUGGAUGGACCUUGCAAGAACUUCUAGCCUCAGAAAGGCUAAUCUUCUACAGCCAGGACUGGCAGCCUUUGGGGUCUAAAAUCGACGAGGAAUUGUCACCUAUCAUAGAAAAGAUUAACGUACAUGAUAAGCGAGUGAGACAGACAAGCGAGUGA